AUGGCUGCUUCUCACGUUCGGCUGCUUGAGCUCAAGACACUCCUCGAAGAUGACGAGCUAGAAUUACCAGGCACUCAACUGUAUAUCGACGAGUCCAAAACAUGGGCCGCCCAAAGAAAUAGGAACCCAAAAAUCCUCAUUCGGCCUAGAUCCGUGGAGCGGUUGGCACAGAUCCUGGCAUAUCUAAAUAAUGCCGAGUUGGACUUUGCAGUUAGGUCUGGCGGUGUUGGCUCAAGCUCAGCAAAGGACGUUCUGAUCAGUCUGACGGCCUUUGACGGGUUUGAAUUUGACCCUAGCACGGAGACUAUCACCAUUGGUGCCGGCCAGACAUGGGGCGACGUGGACCAGAAGCUGGAGAAAGAGAGCGGAGGUUACGCUGCUUUGAGCGUGCGCUGCUCUUUCGUCGGUGUCGGCGGCAGUGUUGUAGCAGGCGGUAUCUCUUGGGCGUCUUCAGAGUUCGGGCUCGCUUCUGACCCGCAGAACCUGCUCGACGCACAAGUCGUCACCGUCGACGGGCGGGUGUUGUGGGCUUCUUCAGAGCCGGAGUUGUUGUGGGCUCUGCGCGGCGGUGGAGGUGGCUUUGCCGGCAGGUCAGUCGUCGUUAGCCUAAAGUUGCGAGUGCACAAAUACACCGACUCAAUCUACACAGGAAACAUUCUCUUCCCGAACGACUCGCUCGCGGAACUUGCCAAAACCGUGUCGGAAUUCACGCGUCGGACGCAAGAUCCCAAGAUGGCGAUGCAUCUCUUUUGCCUCGAUCUGGCCCAUGCAGCUCUUACCGGACAGAAUCCUGCCCCGGGCAUCCUGAUCGUGGUGUACGACGCCAACGGCGAAGCGCACGGCCGCAGCGACGAAGGCUUCGGCUGGGCUUUGAAGAUCAAAGGUGCGGUGGACAACACCAGGUCCAUGACUUUCGCCGAAGCAAAUCAGCAGCAAGGCGAAGUGGCCAUGGGCAUGACGAACAGCUGGAUGUCCGGCGCAACGAUUCCGCACCUGGACGAAGAGAUGAUCCUCCGCUCCUGGAGAUGGUUCAACGAGCUGCUCGCGAAAGACCCUCGACAGAGCGCCGGAGCCUUUGUUUUGAUCGAGAUAAUGCAGCCCCCCGCAUUCUCCUCCAUAUCCUCCCGCACGGAUACAGCCUGGCCGCACACGAACAACAGACACAUCCUGCAGCUGGGGACGGGCUCGUUUCCUGGCUCUCUAGAGUCUGACGCUCUCUCGCUCAAGGCUCUCGCGGACGCGCCCUUUGAGAUCAGCCGGACGCAUACCAAUGCCGACUAUAUCCCGAACUUCAUCGAGUCGUUCAAUGAUAUCGAAGCGAUUUUCGGCGAUAAUUAUCCUCGCUUGAAGGAGAUCAAGAAGCGGUAUGAUCCGAAGGGGAGGCUUGGGGUCCGCUUUGCUUGA